GUGCAGGAGGUCAGACUAGAUGAUCAUAUUGGUCCCUUCUGACCCUAAAGUCCAUAAGUCUAUGAAUGGGCUGGGCUUCCAACAGGGGCCAUAGCCCUGUAUGGCAAGGGACCGCCCCAGGGCUAGAGGAGAUCCCCAGGAGGGAGGGUGUAAGACCCUGCACCACCAUUCGCAGAUGAAGAUGGCCUGGGAUCCCCGCUCUGGGCUGGGUCCUAGCGUGGGGCUGGCCCACAAUGCUGAUAAGCCAGUUAACGCACAGACAAGUGCAAAGUCUGUCCCUGCACAGCUUGUUUGCUCACUGGGGAGAGGAAAACCCCAGCUCAGUCUGGCACCAAGCAACAGUCCCUGGCUUGGCCUCAGCCCGGCUGGGUGGCCUUAGCAAGGGGCUUCAUGCCCUUGGACCUGGGUUCUAUAUCUGGAAAAUUGGGCUACCCCUUCCCAGGGGCUGAAUCCACUACCCAGCGGGAGGUAGUACCUAGAUCCUGCCAUUCCCUUAAUCCAGUGCAGUGAGGUCCUUUACAGAGCUGGACUUCUCCACAUUCCCAGCUCUGGGCAUAGCACCGACCUCUUCUCUUCAAUCACCGCACUAUCCAGCCUCCAGGGACUCUGGCAGGCCCCAUUAAUCAUUUGCAAACAGUCUGGCCCUGUGCCCCUACCUGGCCUGCUCCUCAUUUCCAGCAGUGUGCCGGCUGGGGACUAGCACUGCGUAUCAAGGCCCCUGCUGAGGAGAGGGAGCUGGUCUGUCUGCCCUAGCUCUGGGGGUUAGGAGAGGUGCUAUGAGCCAUGGGCCCCUCUGCUCACUAGCUGUCUCCUCCCUUAGCCAGAGAGAGCUCCCACCAAGGAAUGCUACAGCCACUGAUCUGGGGAGGCCAACCUGUGACCCCCUGCAUCUGAUUUUCAGUGGGGCUGAGUACCUUACCUGCAGCUUGAUAGCAAGGCAAGCCACAGCCACACGGCCCACCUCUGGAAAUCAGGCCCCAUGUGCCCAAACUGGUCACCCAAGCGCUGAGUCCCCAGGAUCGGUGGGCAUUUUACAUGCAAUUGCCUGUGCCUGGAGCAUGCUGCUCUCCUCCUCUGCCUCCUUUACCACCCCCCCACCCCUGAGGAACCCAAACACAAUAACCUUGCCCACUCUGUAGCACUGCCCACACCAUGGCAUGUGCAAACACCACCUGAAUCCCUUCAUCUGGCAGCGAAAUGCAGCCACCUCUGGGGUGGAACGCAACAGGUAUUUGACGGAGCCGAGCAAUGCUAUAAUGCACCAGCUGGGAACUCUCGGGCUGUGGAUGGGGUGGAGGGCAGGCAAGUGGAACCCAGGAGUCCUGCACCCAGGCCUGUGCUUCAAUCGCAAGAGCUGUCACCUAGUCCCGUCUCCAUUGGGACACGGGGAGCAGCCAGGAGGAACCUGCUGUGCUGUGAGGAACAAAGUUCAUCAAGUAGCACUGAGCAAACCAAACCUACAGACAGAGUGCGCCAAAGGGUAGCCUCCUGCAGCAAAGGCUGUUUCCCCCCGCAAGGAGCUGGCGUGUCAGGUUCUUGGGCCAAAGUCCAAAGGAGCGUGAAGCGCCAGAGGCACUCAGUUAUGCAAAGAGCCGUUCCCAGCUCAGCACAGCUCAGCUCGGGCCAGGUUUCCUUUCACAUCACCUGCCAAAGCUGCUGCUGAAGGAUUGAUGGGAUCCUCACCCAACUCACAGCCCCUGUCCAGUAGCUGAGGCAAUAGGCCCCAUCUUGUUAGUUCUUACUAAAUGGGAUUACAAGUGGUGAUGUGGGGGUUAAAACCCCAGCAGCCCUAGGCCUAGCCCAGCAAUGAAAGUGCAGGAGGAAGAGAGCCAAGGAGAUCUCCCAAGGGUGAUAAAUGGGGGCCAGUCAGCACCAGUUCAGCCUGGAUCGCUCCAGGGCUGAAUCCUCUAGGGCCACUCCUCCACCUGAACCUCCUCAGUCUCACCUGGAACAGCUACUGCAUCAACCCGCCUGCUGCCACACGCUCCCCAGGGCCCCGUUCCUGCACCCACAACCCCUGGCACCUGCAUGGAGCCAGCUGCAGGCUUAAGCCCUGGAUUGGCGGCACCUCUGGCCUCAAGCACAUCCAGCUGCAAAGAACACCAGCUGUUUUCACAUUCCUGGAUGGCACCUCCUGUUCUCUGAGGGCCACAGGCUUUAACACAGCCUCACACUGUCUCCACCUCCCUUCAGCGCAGGUGCGAACCUCCCAGCGUGCACCCCUCCCCCCUUUGCUUUACAGAGAGAAGGUAAGCACGUGGGCUGCUGGCUGCUAGCCCAGCUCAGGGGAACCGGCUCGGUGGGGGAAGCACUCAGGUGAGCAGCCAUUGUGAGCUCAUGGCACUGUGCACCACUGACAUUCUCCCUGGCCCCAGCUUUGCAGUGGUGUAGCCCUGUUGACUUCAUUACAGUGCCUCCUCAUUUACACCAGCAUGGGUGAAAUCAGAAUCAGCCAUGUAGCCCCCGCGUACACACACCUCGCCCAGGUGUGAAGGACCCCAUGGGGCCAGGGGGCAGCAGGCUCAGUGAGGAGUGAGUCUGUGUGGACAGACGCUUUGGAGCAUGGCAGUCUGAGUGGAGGCGGCAGGUGAUCUAGUUACAGAGAGUUUCCAGGAACCAGCCAGCUGCAGGACACCAUGAGUUGCUCUUUAACCAGCUCCCCUGUUAAUGAUCUACUCUGCUGCUGCCCUGCCCUGAGCAAGAGGCUGAGCGAGCACAGGGGCACCUCCUGGAAUUCAGCUCCAGCAGCGGGCCAGGCAGCCAGCCCCCUCGAUGCCAAAGAAGCCCUUCACAUCCAGCAUUGUGCAGAGCUGGAGGAUGGGUGGGGACAGUGCAAGGCAGAGAGCUGAGGGGAAGCUUCCUGUUCACUCCAGGCUGGGCUCAGGCAGAGUGUAGGAUAAUCAGCCAUUUUAUUAAGUGUUUCCUCCCUAGCUCCAUCUCCCUGGACCUGGGGCCCACCCCCUUGGCCCAGAUAAGAGCAAACUCCAAUUGCAUCUGCUCUCCCUGGUACUGCGCUUGGGCGGUGCUGAGAGCCAGACAGGUAGGCUGUACCCAAGAUUGGCACCGCGCACUCUGUUCUAACAAUACUGGCUUCCAGACCUGCUCCAGCCCUUCAUGCCCAGUGCAUGCCAGCCUGGGCUAAGCUUUGUGGGCGAGGGUGCCUGAAUUCCUUGCCUUCCCGUCUGGCUCUGCAGUUUGAGAGGCAGAGGCUGCUGUGGUUGGCACAGGUUGCUGGGGUUCUCUCGUGCCAAGGACAUCAUGCCAGUCAUUGAGCUGAAUUUCCGCUCCUUGAUCACCCCUGUGGGGAUUGUCCGAUUCUUUGAGAUCUUCCUGUCCUGCACGGCCUUCAGUCUGGCGGCUGCUUCGACCCACUUCGAAGGAGCCUCUGGGGCCUGGUGCAUGUUCACCUGGUGCUUCUGCUUCAUCGUGUCUGUUCUGAUCAUGGUGGUGGAGCUGUUUGGCUUUUCUGAGAAGCUGCCACUGUCCUGGGAUGACUUCACCAGUGCCUUCGCCAUGCUGGCAGCGCUCAUGGUCUUCACCUCCUCCAUCAUGUACCCUUCCGCUUCCACCUUCCUCACCGGCACUUGCUCUGACUCCAUUUGUGCAUAUCAGGCAGCAGCUACAGCCAUGUCCUGCGUCUGCUUCGUUGCCUACGCCAUCGAGGUUGGACUGACCCGAUCCAGGCCUGGAGAUAUCAGCAGCUUCCUCGCCACUGUCCCUGGCCUCUUGAAGGUGUUUGAAGCCUAUGUGGCUUGUCUUAUCUUCUCCUUAGUGAGUGACCCCAAGCCAUAUAAAAUUGAACCCGGCCAGCAAUGGUGCAUAGCCGUCUACAGCAUCUGCUUCAUUGUCACGCUGCUCAUCAUCAUCCUCACCAUUGGCCGGUGUCUCACCUACAUACCCUUCCCUUUGGAGAAAGUCCUGGUGGGUUACAACGCCUUGGCUGUGCUCCUGUACCUGACGGCUGCCAUCAUCUGGCCCAUCUUCAACUUCAGAGGGAACCCCAGACCCAAUCCAUGUAGCAGAGAUUGCUCAUGGGACAGACUGCUGGGCGUGACCUUCCUUUCCUUCUUCAACCUCAUCGCCUACAUCGUCGACCUGGUCUACUCCUCCAAGAUGGUCUUUGUGACCAGGACAGCCUAACGGAGCGCGAUCAGCUGCACCCUGGGGCGUACAGGCCUGCAGUGGGAGCCAUCAGUACUGAAGUGAUGGGAAGGGACCGGGGCCACCCGUCGCUCAGGGCGGAGCUGUUUUGGCCUCGGCUGUUUUGCAUUUCUUCCCCCACAUCCUUGCUUUAUUGGCAUGUCCAUGCACCAGAGGGUUCUGUGUGUAUUUGAUUUGGCUGUUGUUGCAGGGAAUCAGGGCAUUCCUUGCAGGACAUGUGCGUAGGGGAUGGGACGGGAAGGGAGGGACACGGACAGAACAUGAUACCUGUUGCCCGUGUGUACAGCAACCUGUGAGUGAGCCAUAGAAGAGCGGGGAGGUCAGGAAUGGGGAGAUCCCAAUCCAAAGCCCACUGAAGUCAAUGGGAGGCUUUGCAUUGAUUUCAGCAUGUGCCAGAUUGGGCCCUGGAAGCCCAAAGAGCAUCAGGGGGCUGAGGCUGAGGCUGGGUUACCAAAUCCUGGCUAGUUAGUGUGUUGUGAUGCAGCCGCCUGCUGCAACUCGGAGAAACCUUCCUAUGCCACAAACUCUGGUCUGAAGACAGGUAAACAGCACACAGGGCUCCCGCCCUCCCUCCAGGAAAUGAAAGUUCGAGGGCUGGGGCUAUGCAAACAGCAGUGUGUGUGCUUAGAGGGCUGGGUGCCGGGCUGGGGGAGGGGAGCAAGCCAGGGUCUGCAGCAAGCAGGGCAUGGCAGGUAGGAAUGGCUGACUGCAGAGGGGUGACGUUGGCAUGGCCAGCUCCACGGUGUGGGGCUUUUUUAUGAUCAGUCAGGCUAGUGUUUACCUACUCUCUGAGGGUCUCAGCUUUCCGGGAAGGCUCCCCCCUCACUGGCCCCAUUAGGAACAAAAUCCACCCUGCAACACAUGAUCCAAAAAGACACCCUCACUGCUCUGCCGGGCAUCCACUUCCCCUCCCAAUCCCUGGGGCAUGGGAGCUGCCAUUCUAUCCUCCUCCCUACCUAAUUGGCAGCUUCCCCAUUCACGCUCCCCUCUACUUCCCCAUAUUCGCCUGAGCCACACGCACAUCCCCUUAGUCUGGUGCCGCACCAUUCCCUCCCUAUCCCCUUUGGCAGCCCCAUUCCCGGGUCUCCACAUUCUCCAGCCUGACCCACACAUGGCCACCCCCACUCCUGGGGCACCUUGCUUCUUCCCCACUGGGAGCAAUGGGAGGUGGUGGCCAUUCCUGCUGGGGGAACAGAAGGCUCUUUUUCAUCUGCAGUGUCAAAGCGACAUGGCAGCCAUCUUGCUGAGGGCAGCCUGUGGCUUCAGUCCUCCUGAUAGUGAUCGGAGAUGGCCGCCAUUUAGAACAGGGAUAAACUGGAAGGCAAAAAUGAAAUGAAAUUUGUGCAAACCUGUACAUGUGUGUGCAUAACAUUGCACAGGGCCAGCUCCAGGCACCAGCAUUCCAAGCUGGUGCUUGGGGUGGCAUUCUGCAAGGGGCGGCAG